UUGAGCAUCAUCAUCAUUUCAUUUCAGUCAGUUUCCAGAGUGCGCAACAAACUCAUCUCCCUCCCUCUCUUAACUGUUAAGCAGAUUCAAACUUCAGCUUAAUUCAUACAUAAUAAUCACCUCCGCCUCAUCCUCCUUCUCUUCAAAUUGCACUUCCCCCUUUGUUGGAUCAUAUUCUUCAGUGAUUUCGUCGCAUCUUCGCCGAUUCUCUAAAUGGAUCCAGAGGCUGCACGAACCGCUCGGGAAUCACUAGACCUUGCAUUUCAUAUGUCUAACGUACUCGAUGCGGGGAUUGAUCGCCACACUCUCUCUGUCCUCAUUGCCCUUUGUGACAUGGGUGUGAACCCUGAAGCACUGGCUGCUGUUGUCAAGGAACUACGCCGGGAGCCACCCUCAUCGGAGACUGUGGUCUCCAGUAACAAGCCAUAAGUUCCCCAAGCAAAGAAACAACUCUGUUCUUGUGAUGAAGGUUGCUAAAAAACCACUUUUCUAUGUCUUACUUGGAUCUUGUGAUAUAUGGCUUUUGGUGUUUAGAAUGUUUAAGUGUUCACUCUCUUGUAUUCAGCCCUUCUGCGCUACUUUGUUGCUUUACACAUUACAUAUUGGCUGAUUUUGUCAAAAUAACAGAAUGACACACAUGGAUUAUAUUUGUCCCACAGAUUCCAGAUCUGUUGGAAUGAGAGUGAGGGAGUAUUGUAACAAUUAUUAUUAUUAUUAUGAUUAUUGAGAAAAGAAAAGAAAA